AUGACAUCAGACCAGACCGCCGAUUCGACACUCGGGUCUGGAAAUGUUUUGCAAAAUUUCGUUACACACAACAGUGCAACACCCGACCCAACGGUGCUGUUGUCAGCGAUCACUGACAAUGAACACCGACGGCGAGAACAGGAAAAGCUCCAGCUUCAGGCCUACUUUUCGGGCUAUGACAUUGCGAGUCUUGAAUUUCAGUUCCUUGGGAAUGAAAGUCAGCAGCUGGCCCACGCCCUCCAGCAAUUGUCCCCCAGCGAUCCCAACAAGAUCUGGACGUUCACUGAUUUCCAAUCAGCUGUUGAAGGCGCUAAGUUAAAAUGGGAGAGCAAGGUACAGGCGACCUUCCAUAAAUUUAUGGGCAAGUUCAAGACACAUGCCAACCUGUUUAGCUUCAUUCCUCAGGGCAAUCAGUAUACGGCACUUGUUUGCUGGGCGUCUUCGGUCUUGGUGAAUGCUUCCGUCCAGCACACCGAUACAGUUGAAGAAUUGGCAAAUGUCAUGGAAGUUGUCAAUGAGGCGGCCACUAUCGUUGAGAGCGAGUCGAAGCUCUUCCCAGGCGAGAUUGUCCAGAAAUCAGUGGCCAAAUUCUACACCGCGAUUUUCUUACUCCUAGGGGAUGUCGCAAUAUGGUAUACUUCAAAGAGUAGAGAAAAGUUCUUCAACAGUCUACACGAGGGCUUCCACAAGCAAUUUGCCAGCGGUCUACAGAAUGUGCAGCGCAUGUCUGCGGUGGUGGGACGGACGGCAAAACUCGCCGCGGCCGCGGAGAGCAGAUACACCCGACUUUCAGUCGAGGAUCUGAGGCAGGAAUUGCUUGACGAAAGAGCCGGAUUAAAUGGAGCACUAAGGAGAAUUGCACAAUCCAUGUCAGAGCAGUUCGCGGCACACAUUCAGCGUCUCGAAGAACAGAGCAGGUUACAGCAUGAAGAAACAAGAAGGCAGAUCUUGGCAGCCGUGGGUUCUCAGAUGCAAACAACAGAGGCUUCCUAUCGUAAGGUGGCAGAGACGGGCUGGGGAUUUUUGCGGGAGAACCUUCGGAAGAUUGCGUUUGAUAACGCAAGCAGUGACGCCACAAAGAAGUUGGUUUACACAAGACAAAGGCUUCUCCAGGAAUCCGGCAAUGGAAACAGCUUAAUACAAGGCCAAUCGAAUUAUCUUGAAAGCCCAGCAACGCUCAACCAACUACAGGAUCAGAUGGAGAAGUUACUCAUCUAUGUCACGAAGGGAGCCAGGAUUCUAAAUGAGCUUGAAGAUGUUCUCUCCAUGACAACGCACGAAAGAGUGUCUGUGGCGGUUGGGUUGUGGCUAGAAUCCCCAAAGUCCAGCUUACUUUAUCUCGAAUAUCCUUCUUCGACAAAUCAUAUCCCCGAAAUAUCAUUGGUGGCAUAUCGGAUCGUACUCUCAGCAGACUCCUUGAAAGCUCCGGUGUUCUCUUUCUUCUGCAGGCAGAAUGCAGUACAAUCUCUAGAGCAACCUUUGAUGGAAGCUGAUCCUCUCGUGGGUCUAGUUUACUCAAUGACCUACCAGAUUCUCACCCAAGCCCCGACGCUCCAGAACCAAAGACAUAUCGACCCAGACACAGAUUUUCAGGGGCUUGACGCCACGAGCUGGGGAAAGGCUCUUGAGCUUUUUGGCAAGUCUUUGGAAAUCCUUCCACCGCUGGCACUGUGCAUCGUUGACGGCCUCGAGGAAUUCGAAAGGGGACGAGAAGAGCGGAUCAGCGAAUUGGUGAAUGUUUUCCGAAGGCAGUUGAAGCAGUCGGAGAAGACCCUGAAGGUUCUGUUCACCUCGUUCACCCGCUCCUUUGGACUAUUGGAUUGUCUCAAUGGAGAUGAAAUCAACAUUAUCGAUACGGGCACACGUAGCUCUGGAGCCCGUGGCAAAGCUCUUUUCAUAGUCUGA